UGGCAAACACCUGCGCUGCGCAUCUCGCAACAUUUUUUGCACAUUUAUUUGCGCUUGUUAUAUUAAAUAAAACAAUUAUUAAUUAAUAUGUGUGACGUUGCAACGGUGCAGAAAAUCGCCAACUGUCUGGGCGUUGCGCCCGGCAAAAUUCAGCUUAACGAAGAGCAGGUCGUAACGCGCACUGGCGCCCAAAACAAAACCGUGUCGGGCUUUGCCACCAUACUGGAGAGUCUGGCGCGCGAGUCCAAGUCGGAGACGGCCCAAAACAGUAUUGCCACAAAGGAGGUGCAGGCACAGGUUUACCAGUGGAUCGAAUUCGCGGUGCUCUAUGUGGCGCCCGGCUCCAAGGACAAGCACGUGUCCAAGCAGCUGCUGGCCGACUUCAACAAGCUAUUCAUCAGCAAAUCCUACCUGGUGGGGCACUUCAUAACGCUAGCCGACCUGGCGGUGUAUUAUGCCAUCAGUGAACUCGUGAAAUCCCUCUCGCCGUUGGAUAAGGAGAACUAUCUGAAUUUAUCACGCUGGUUUGAUCAUUUGCAGCAGCGACCCGAAAUACAUCAGGGCGAGCCAAUGCUGAAUUUCACGACCAUUUAUCUGCACAACUGGGCAACAGGCACGCACAUUUGAUUAGCAAAACGAUUCCCAUAUUUAUUUUUACACUUUUACAUACAUUUAUCUGCGAGCCAAUGGAA